CCUGGUGGAACCCAUCUUUCUCCCCUUCCCCCUGCUGGCACCCAAUUUUCUCUUUCUCCUAUAGGAUUCAUCCCACCUAAGUUGGGUUCACCUAAGCUCGGCCACAGCCGUAAACUUACCGGAGACACAGACAUCCGUGGCUCAGAGCCGCCUCUCCUGGGCUUUAGGGAUAUGUGCUCUGGGGAUAUGGGCUUUAGCGGUGGUACCACUUUCUCAGGUAGCUUUGCUAGUUCAAAGGAUUUUGAUGCAGGUAAAUUUUCCCAAGACCCCAACAACAUCAGCUUCUCUCCCAAAGCCCCUGAGAUGGACGCUCUUCACCUGUCACCUUUUUGCGGUCCUCCUAAGCCACCUUCUGCUCCUCCUCUUGUCACUAAUGUACUUUGCUCUGAGGUUCCUCAGAGCUCUAUUUUUCAUUUGCAAAGUGCCGAAGUACAUCAGAGCCCUACUACCAGAGUGUCAGAGAUCAGCAUGGAGUCAGUUGAGUCAGCUCGCCCGUUAGAUUCUCCUCUCAGAGCUGGGGCAUCAUACUUUGCUCUAGAAGACGCAGAGGACGCCUCACUGGGUGGAAGUUCUUUUGAAAUCGAAACAUAUGAAGCAGCAGCAUCAUUUAUAGCCGAUUAUCUUUUAACAAGUAUGGAGACUUCCUGGGAUGAGGAAUGUACCUUCUGUGAUGAAGGCCAGAAGAGUCCUGUGCCGUGGGCGUCCCUCUUUGCUCUACAGACUGAGGAUGGUUUUUGGAAACUGACUCCAGAACUAGGACUUAUACUAAAACUUAAUGUAAAUGCUCUACUCACUUCUCUUGAAGAAAAGGGCAUUCGGUCUCUAGGUACAAAAGGGAGGGAGCGUCUCCUGGACCUGAUUGCCACUUUGCUCGUACUGCAGUUUCUUUAUACCGAGCUGGAACAAGAAGGAAUGGUUGCCACAUCUCUGAUAAAGAUGGAUGACGCCAUCAUUUCUAGGAAUAUUCCAUGGGCUUUUGAGAACAUAAAGAAAGCAAGAGAAUGGGCCAGAAGGACAGAAGGACAAUAUCCAUCUAUCUGCCAACGGCUUGAGCUGGGUAAAGACUGGGAGUCAGCCACAAAGCAACUACUGGGAAUUCAGCCCCAAGCCAACACUUCUCUUCACCGAAUUCUACACUACAGCCAAGGCUGAAGCCAAUGAAAUCGCAUUUUAAACCUUUCUCUUAUUUCUUUUGUUAUUGUUUUGUUUCUGUUUUUUCAAGACAGGGUUUCUCUGUAUAGCCCUGGGUAUCCUGGAACUCACUGUGUAGAGCAGGCUGGCCUCACACUCAAGGGAUCUGCCUGCCUCUGCAUUCCAAGUGCUGGGGUUAAAGGUGUCCACCACUGCCCUGCUGCCUUUCUCAUAUUUCUAUGUAGAAAAUAAUCAAAUAGUAAAAUGUACCAAUAAUGACGUGCAAUCAGUUUUAAGUGUAGCUAUCAGCCCCUUUAAAAUAAAAUUGAUGGAAAGAAUUGAUUAAUCAUUUAACAACAAUAAAAGCUAUAAGAACU